AUGGGAGAAUCUGAUAACAAUUAUCAACAAAUGUUCAGGGACGUACAGCUGCUGCUGCAGCAGCAACAGGAGCAGCAUCACCGUGAGAUGCAGCUGCUGCAGCAGCAGCUGCAGCAGCAACAGCAACAGCAGUUGCAGCAACUGAGGGAGGAGCUCCUCCCUCAGCAACAACAGGAUCCGCGACCGACGGAGGAGCCCCUCCCUCAGGUGCGACCUGCGGAAAUCGGCGAGGAGGCGAGGCCACUGCGAAAGGAUCGUUUGAAAGUGUUGGAAGAUUUGAAACAUUUUAGUAUUUCGCUUGUUGCGAAAAAAUAUAAUGUUAACCGAUCAACGAUUUGGAGGAUCAAAUAUAACGCACCAAAAGUGAUGGAGUUUGUGGACAAAGGGAAGAUCCAGCGAAAACGAAGAAGAGUGAAACCAUCGUUAUAUGAUGCAUUGGAGCAAAGUUUGCUGGCAUGGUUUAUUGAAAGAAGAACUGUUGGUGAUUUUAUAUCCAAUGACGUAAUUAUGCAAAAAGCAAGGGAAUUGAAGGACAGUAUGGGGUUGCCGUUGGAUUUUAAAGUUAGUAGGGGCUGGUUAGAUGGAUUCAAAAAAAGACAUAAUAUAGCUUUAGUGAAAGUGUACGGGGAAAGUGCAAGUGCUGAUGAAGAUGCCGCGAUAAGAUUUUGUAAUGAUUUUAUAAAAUUACUGGAAGAAGAUGAUAGUAUAAAUAUAGAUAAUAUCUAUAAUAUGGAUGAAGCUGGUCUUUUAUGGAAAGCCUUACCAUCAAAGACCUUGAUAGAAAGAAAAGAAAAGGUCGUAAAGGGGUAUAAAAGCCGCAAGGAGCGAAUCACGGUGGCACUAUGUGCAAAUGUAUCUGGGACGCACAAGUUGAUGCCCCUAGUUAUUAAUAAAUUUGAAAAUCCGAGAGCUCUGAAGCAUUGUAAAAGUAAUCUUCCCGUCAUCUUCAAAUCUCAAAAGAAUGCGUGGAUGACACAAGUAUUGUUUCGUGAUUGGUAUGAAAAUUAUUUUAAGCCCAGUGUACGGGCAUACCAGCUAAACAAAGGAGUGACUGGAAAAGUUAUUUUGUUAUUGGACAAUUGCGCAGGACAUACAGUGCCGCCUGAAUUAUUGGAUGCAGAUAAUUUCAAAAUUAUGUAUCUCCCGCCAAAUACCACCAGCUUAAUUCAACCCAUGGACCAGGGCAUAAUAGCUAAACUCAAAUGUCUGUAUCGCCAUAAAACAUUAAGGAAAACUAUUACUUACCCAUGCGGAAUAAGUAAAUUCCAGAAGCAGUUUACAUUAAAAGAUUGCAUAGAAAUACUGCACGAGUCAUGGAGCGAAGUAUCUGCGAAUAAUAUUAUUAAUUCAUGGAAGAAAAUUAUUCCAAGUCAGGAGGAUUGGUAUCAACGUGCUAUGAGGGAGGACAUAAGCAGUUUUACAGGUGAUACAUACAGCCACCGAGAUAUCACAGAAUUUUUGUCCAUUUGUGAACAAGAAGAAAGAAGAACACACACAGACGAGGGAGAUGAAGAGAUACAAGAAAACGUAGAAGAAGAAGUGAAUAAACAAGAGGAGCGGCAACGUUUAUAUGAGCGUUUGGGGCGAGAUUUAACACAAGAAGCGCCUUUUCUUCAAAAAUUCUUUAAACUCAUCAAAGACCAAGUAUUAGGCACCGAUGAUUAA